AUGACUUCCGAAUCUAUCCCCGAAAAGCAGAGUCUGCCCACAGGUCCGGAGGGGGGAGUCCAAAUACAAACUAAUUAUGUUCAAAAGGUCAAGCGAAACUUUUCACCAACAGCGAUACUGGCAACAUGUGUAUCAUUGAUGGCAACGUGGGAAGCUCUUUGCAGCACGAUGGCUACGGGGCUUACAAACGGAGGCCCGGCCUCGCUCGUUUAUGGAGCUGUUAUUGCUUUCCUCGGAUCUUUAUGCUCAGCUAUGUCUCUCGCUGAGUUGGCGUCAAUUCACCCUACGGCAGGAGGCCAAUAUCACUUUGUCGCACAUUUGAGCUCAGGGAGGAAAGGGCAAGUUCACAGCUGUACCCUAGGAUGGGUCGCUUUAGCCGGAAGCGCGCCGUUUCUCGCCGGAACCCAGAUUCAGGGUCUUCUGAUUUUCAAUUACCCCGACUCUUAUACCUUUGAGCGAUGGCAUGGGACAAUGCUCUACUGGGCUAUUCUUCUAGGCUCUGCUCUUGUCUGCAUUUUCUGCAGCAACGUCCUGCCGCUCUUGGGAAAGAUCACAAUGGCAUUGCACGUUGGCUUUUACCUGAUCAUCCUGAUCGUAAUGGCGAUCGUAUCACCCACAAAGCAUUCAGCUUCCUUCGUAUUUGCGACAUUUGGAAACAAUUCUGGGUGGUCCAACGAUGGCAUAGCGUGGUGCAUUGGUCUCCUGAGUUGCUGUUACGUGCUGAUGGGAUACGAUGGAGCUACCCAUCUCAGUGAGGAGAUGGAGAAUGCGGAUAUCGGCGUACCUCGCGCAAUGGUUGGUUGCGUGGUCAUCAAUGGUGCUCUCGGAUUUACGUUUCUGAUCACGCUGUUGUUCUGCAUGGGCGAUAUUGAAUUGGCAUUGAACUCGCCAACUGGGUUCCCCAUCAUUCAGAUCUUUUACAACAUUACUGGAACAUUGGCAGCAACCAACGCACUGACAGCUGCUGUGACGAUCAUGGCCACCAUAUCGACUAUUUCACUGAUAACUUCUGCAGCGCGUGUAAUAUGGGCAUUUGCAAGAGACCAAGGACUUCCCUUUUCCCAAGUCGUCUCCAAGGUCGAACGAAAACGCGGCAUCCCCACCGUCGCCAUUAUUGUCACAACCUGUCUACUUGUUCUCCUCGGACUCAUUAAUAUCGGCUCUACAACGGCCUUCAAUGCCAUACUCUCUCUCGCUGUAGUAAGCCUUCAAGCCUCAUACCUGUUCCCGAUCAUCCUUGUGCUCUGGCGCAGAAUAUUCCGUCCAGAGACUCUGGUAUGGGGGCCUUGGCGUCUCGGACGGAUCGGAGUGGUAGUCAACGUGAUUGCCGUGUGCUAUCUGGUUUUCACAUGCGUCUUCCUAUUCCUUCCUCCGUUUUAUCCCGUUACUGCUCUCAACAUGAACUAUGCGCCAGUUGUUCUCGGUGCAGCUUUGCUGUUUGGUGCCUCUUAUUGGCUGCUGCGAGCGAGAAAGAGGUAUGUUGGGCCUCUGACUGAGCUGCAUGUUAUGAAUGGUCGUGUUUCUGCUUGA